UUUUUACCAAUAACCGCCCAUCUCUACUCUGAAGAAUACUAUUACGACGUGUCUAGUUCUCUGCUACCGUAUUUACACCAUAUAUCUUAAAAUCACGUUAGGUUUUUCUAUUUUCAUUAAGAUCGUUAAAAUAUACGUUUUUAUGUAGGAUUAUUCUUUAUUACCCCAAUAUUAAAUUUACUUUUAUAUUUUUUACUACUAGAAAUUAAAACUUAAAUUUUUAUAAUUAACAGGUUACUGCCAUUUUUAUCGAAGCACUAAAUACUACCAAAGUUGUUCGGAUGUUCGAGUUCGAGGCGUUCGAGGGAUCGAGGUUAGAUUUUUAUUUUUGUGGAUUUUGCGUUUGGCGUUAAACACUUUGAGUUUUCAAUUUUGUUUUAUUGUACCCUCUUUAUUAUUUUUGUAAUUAAGGGUGUUAAAGUUUGUUUUGUGAAGGGCUGUCUAAAUAACUCUGAAGGCUCUCCAGAAAAUAUUUUUAUAACUGUUCCUUUGGAUGAAAGCCGUCGAAGAGCCUGGUUUGAAGCGGCAAGACAACAAUAUGUCAGCAAAAGUACGAGAUUUUGCUGUGAAGAUCCUUUUAACAAAAAUGGAUUAUCUUCCAUUUGAUUUAAAUGAAUCGUCUCUGAAGUAGUCGGACAACCGUUUAAUUUGAGAGGGUGUAAAGAGAUUAAGAAAAAAAUCAACUAAAAAUGGGUAUCAUUUAUCUGCCAUCAAAUUCAACGGCAUCGCAUCGCUUGCAUUUCGAUGGCCAGGCGCUGGACAUGUACGAUUUGGCGCUGAACAUGUCAUGGAACGACAGCAACGAUUAUCAGUUCUGCCACCCGUUUCAUUCCUAUUUACAAUUUUUUACAAUAUUUUACACGCCGAUCAUAGUCGCAAUUGGUUUAAUAGGAAAUCUACUUUCUUUUUUUGUGCUGUUGACUACGCAUUUAAAGUUGAGGAGUUCUAGCUACUAUCUGGCAGCUCUUGCGAUAUCCGAUUUUGGCUUCCUGGUAACAGUUCUGAUAACCUACUGCACCUACAACGAAAUUUUCGAGCUGUUCGACAGAAAAGAAUUUUGUAAGCUUUACGUUUACCUGAGUUCAGUGUGCGCGUUUCUCAGCGUAUGGUUGACAGUUGCUUUCACGACUGAGAGGUUUAUAGCUGUGCGCUACCCCUUACGUAGGCAAUACAUAUGUACGGUAUCCAGAGCGAAAAUGAUAGUCGUUGGAAUCAUAUGCUUUGGAUUACUGUCACAAGUGCAUCUGCUUUGGAUGGUGACAGCUAUCAAGGACGAAGACAGGAAUAUCUGCGAGAUGGACCCAGCGGUGAACUGGUACAUAGCAAACGUCAUCAACUUCUUAGACACUGUAUUCACAUUCGUCAUUCCGAUGACGCUCAUACUAAUAAUGAAUACUCUAAUUGCUAAAGUCAUAUUUAAAUCCCGUCGUUUGGCCUUUACCGACGACGACAGAUUCCGAUUUCAAUAUGCGAGCUCACAAGCGUUAAAUGAAUUGCAGAGCAGCGACUCGACGAGGAAUUCGGACCAAGAAUCGACAGCCUCAAAGAGAUAUAUUAGAUAUGAGGAGUACUCUAUUAGAUGUAAUAGGCAACAUCGAGCUUCGAAUAAUCAAGCUCAGCAUAACAUUAACAAGAUGCUGUUAAUCAUUUCAUCAGUUUUCAUAGCACUAAACUUUCCUAGUUACGUAAUCCGAAUUGUUGCCUACUUCGGUUUCACAAUGAUUGACAGGAUUCCACCUGAGUAUUUACAUUGCGCCCAACUUGUUUCUCAGAUGUUAUACUACACCAACUUUAGUAUAAAUUUUAUACUUUAUGCUUUGUGCGGGCGAUCUUUCAGAUUGUGCUUGAAAAAAAUGUUUCGGGAUUUGUUCAGGAGGAUUGUGUAAAUUUUUCAUUCUGCUGAGUUAAGUUAUUUUUGUAUAAUAUAGAAAAUGUGUAAUAUAAAUUAUAUCUGGAUGAAGCAGAGGGUAACAAAUCUAGAUUUUACUAAAAAGGGAAUAAAUGCGACAUAAUCAUAUAU